CUCACCUGUGUGAGAACGCGCGCGAGCUCCGUGCUGCGGCCAGUGGCGACGGCGGCGCGCUUGCAUUCCUGCACGCGCACUCCCGGUGCAACGGAACGAAAGUGGACGCGGGGGGACAAACCUCUGGAAAUAUCAAUCGUUUGCAACGGAAAUAACCGACGAAAAAUAAACUAAAACACGCCAACAGUACCGGGGGAGCGCGUAGAGGCACCGGGGACAGCGGGCAGAGGCACUGGGGGUUCGGUAAAGUGCAGCCGGUAACGCCACGUCGACUGGAAGAAAGAACCCAACAGGUCGGACACGUCGGUCCGAACUGGGCUUCCUUCAGCCAUGCUGGACCCGUCCUCCAGCGAGGACACCGGCGGCGAGUCCGACCUAGAAGCCGCCCAGGAGGCUCCGAAGAAAGCGGCGGCCGGACCGGCGGGGAAGCGCGGGGAAAACAACAACAGCCGGCCGGGCGCCCAGCGGCGUCGGUCCGGCGCACCUGGAGCUGAACCCGGUGCAGGUGCUCCAGCCUGCGGGGCUGCAGGUGAGGAGGAGGAGGAGGAGAGGAAAGAGCGGGAGCGCAUCAAGAAGGAGGAAGAGGACCGGAAGAUGAAGCUGCAGAUUUACGUGUUCGUGCUGCGGUGCAUCGCGUACCCGUUCAACGCUAAGCAGCCCACCGACAUGGCCCGGCGGCAGCAGAAGGUGAACAAGCAGCAGCUGCAGGCGGUGAAGGAGCGUUUCCUGGCCUUUCUCAGCGGGGAGACGCAGAUUGUGGCGGAUGAAGCUUUCUGCAACGCCGCAAGGAGCUACUACGAGGGCUUCCUGAAGAGCGAGCGCGUCUCCCGGAUGGUCCACGGCGGCGGCUGCUCGGCCAGUGACUUCCGCGAGAUCUUCAAGAAGAACAUCGAGCGGCGCGUCCGCAGCCUCCCGGAGAUCGACGGCCUGAGCAAAGAGACGGUCCUCAGCUCCUGGAUCGCCAAGUACGACGCCAUCUACCGGGGGGAGGAGGACGCGCGGCGCCCGUCCCAGCGGGCCCACCUGAGCGCCGCGUCGGAGCUCAUCCUCAGCAAGGAGCAGCUGUACGAGAUGUUCCAGCAGAUCCUCGGCAUCCGCAAGUUCGAGCACCAGCUGCUGUACAACGCCUGCCAGCUGGACAACGUGGAUGAGCAGGCGGCUCAGAUCCGCAGAGAGCUGGACGGAAGGUUACAGCUGGCCGAGAAGAUAUCCAGGGACGGGAGACACCCGAAGUUCGUCUCGGCUGACAUGGAGCCCCUCUACGUGGAGGAGCUGCGCUCCGCGGUCAACCUGCUCAUGGCCAACCUGGAGAGCCUGCCGGUGUCCAAAGGAGGUCCGGACUUCAAGCAGAAGCUCAAACGCUCCACCAUGAACAACUCCUUCCUGGACAUGGGAGACGAGGGAGACGUCCUGUCCAAGUCCGACGUCGUGCUGUCCUUCACUCUGGAGAUUGUGAUCGUGGAGGUCCAGGGUCUGAAGUCCGUGGCUCCGAACCGGGUGGUGUACUGCACCAUGGAGGUGGAGGGAGGAGAGAAGCUGCAGACGGACCAAGCCGAAGCCUCCAGACCACAGUGGGGGACCCAGGGGGACUUCACCACUACCCACCCGCUGCCCUCCGUCAAGGUGAAGCUGUUCACCGAGAGCACCGGGGUGCUGGCGCUGGAGGACAAGGAGCUGGGCCGGGUGGUCCUGAAUCCAACUACCAAUGGACCGAAGCAGGCCGACUUCCACCGGAUGGUUGUCCCCAAGAGCAGCCAGGACACCGAACUGAAGAUCAAGCUGGCCGUCCGCAUGGACAAGCCCCCCAACAUGAAGCACAGCGGGUAUCUGUACGCAUCAGGACAGAGAGUCUGGAAGCGCUGGAAGAAAAGAUACUUUGUUCUCGUCCAGGUGAGUCAGUACACCUUUGCCAUGUGCAGCUACAGAGAGAAGAAGGCGGAGCCUCAGGAGCUGAUGCAGCUGGAGGGCUACACGGUGGACUACAGCGACCCUCAGCCAGGCCUGCAGGGCGGCCGCGUCUUCUUCAACGCCGUCAAGGAGGGCGACCUGGUGAUGCUGGCGUGUGACGACGAGCAGGACCGGAUGCUGUGGGUCCAGGCAAUGUACCGGGCCACCGGGCAGUCCUACAAACCGGUCCCCCCCCCCCAGAACAAGACCACCAACUGCAGAGGAGGACUCCAGAAGCCGGCGUCGCCUAUUAGUCUGGACCCGUCCCAGCGGCAGGGCGUGGAGGGUUUGAUCUCGGCGGCUCCGUGCCACUUCGACCACGCCGCCCUCUUCAGCGUCCUGCAGAAGCGAACUCUGCAGCACCGCAUGAACGACUCCUUCUCCUGCCUGGGGUGGUUCAGUCCCGGGCAGGUGUUCGUCCUGGACGAGUACUGCGCCCGCUAUGGCGUGCGAGGCUGCCACCGCCACCUGAGCUACCUGAGGGACCUGAUGGAGUACUCUGAGAGCAAUGCGCUGGUGGACCCCACGCUGCUCCACUACAGCUACGCCUUCUGCGCCUCCCACGUGCACGGAAACAGGCCCGAUGGGAUGGGGACGGUGACCGCGGAGGAGAAGCAGGACUUUGAGGCCAUCAGGGGACGCAUCGUGUCUCUGCUGGAGAACCAGAUCACACAUUUCAGGUACUGCUUUCCCUUUGGACGACCAGACGGGGCCCUGAAGGCAACGCUCUCGCUGCAGGAGCGGGUUCUGAUGAAGGACAUCACCACGCCGGUCCCUCCAGAGGAGAUCAAGAACCUGGUGCGGAGAUGUUUGGAGAACGCUGCUCAAAUCAACUACAGUCAGCUGAUUGAGUACGCGCAGGUUAAAGCCGAUCCGCAGGCGUCUACGGGGAAGCGUCUGGAGGACGCGAUGCGUCUGGGGGAGCUCUGCAUGGAGGUCCUGCAGCAGAACGACGAGCAUCACUCCGAGGGAAGAGAGGCGUUCUCGUGGUGGCCGGAGCUGAUGGCGGAACACGCCGAGGCCUUCCUGUCUCUGUACAGAGCCGACAUGGACGCCGCUCUGCAGGUGCAGCCCGUGGACUCCUGGGACAGCUUCCCGCUGUUCCAGCUCCUCAACAACUUCCUGCAAACGGACCCUCACCUGUGCAACGGCACCUUCCACAAACACCUGCAGGCCCUGUUCGUCCCCCUGGUUGUGCGCUACAUCGACCUGAUGGAGUCGUCCAUCGCCCAGUCCAUCCACCGCGGCUUUGAGCAGGAGACAUGGCAGUCGGUCAAGUCCUUAACUCACAAUCUAGCCAGCGUUCCUCUUCCCAAAGUCCCGAGCCUCCCUCUCACGCUGCCACAGAUGCCCAGCUUCUCAGCCCCCGCCUGGAUGGGCCCGCUGUGUGAGAACACCUUUCACGGGAUGAAUCUGCCUGACGUCUUUAACGGCUCGGCCACCUCGGAGGACCUGUUCUGGAAGCUGGAUGCUCUGCAGAUGUUCGUGCUGGACCUCCACUGGCCGGAGGCCGAGUUUGCUAAACAUCUGGAGCAGAGACUGAAGCUGAUGGCCAGCGACAUGAUGGAGGCCUGCAUCAAGAGAACAAAAUCGGCGUUUGAUUCCAAAAUGCAGAAAGCGAGCAAGUCGACGGACUUCCGCGUGGCGCUGUCGGUCUGCACCAUGUUCAACGUGCUGAUGGACGCCAAGAAGCAGUGCUCCAAACUCUGCGUGCUGGACACGGGCCAGGAGAUUGACAAACAAUGGCAACAAUACCACUCCAAAAUCGAUGUUCUGAUUGACGAGGCGUUCAAAGACAUGAUCUCUUCCCUCGUAAUGAAGCUCGCGGCGGUCUUGGACGGCGUCCUCUCCAAGCUGUCGAGAUACGAUGAAGGGACAUUCUUUUCUUCCAUCCUCUCCUUCACCAAACCCGGGAUGGAUCUGGCCGACACCUACAUCACCUUCAUACGGCAGAACCAGGACAUCCUGCGCGACCGCAUCAACGACGAGCUGCACGUGGAGGAGGUGUUUGAGCAAUGGUACAGCAGCUCCAUGAAGGUUGUGUGCGUCUGGCUGGCGGACAGACUGGACCUGCAGCUCCACACGUACCAGUUGAAGACGCUCAUCAAGAUUGUCAAGAAGACGUACCGUGACUUCAGGCUGCAGGGCGUCCUGGACGCCACGCUGAACAACAAGAGCUACGAGACCGUCUACACGCGGCUGGCGGGCGAGGAGGCCACGGCGGCCGUCAAGUCCGGGGACGGCCUGCAGGGCAUCAGCAUGAGGGACAGCGACGAGGAGGACGACUGAAGCCCCCCUUCGGGGUCUCUG